UGGUAGGCGAGUGGAGAAAGCUGAACCCAGCACUUUUUGCUUAGAGAAAGGUCAUCUGGGCUCGUUUUCAGGCUUAUGUUGGGUAAGAGCAAGGCCAAAUUUUCUUACUAAGAAGUAUGUGGAUUUCGUUCAGCCUCAGGCUUUUUCUGUGGAGACGUUGUUUGUCGAGACGCCUGCAUGGUUGGGUCAUUUCAUUUCAUGUCCACUGUCUCGUUGUACUCACAGCUCUAACCGAUGUGAAUGACUGAUACUCUCAUGAUAGAAUAGAUAAGAACGUAUGAACGUCAGCCACUUUACACAUCUGAUUCAAAAUAAUUGCGCUCGACGGCCAAUAUGACAACUAUCACGAUUGAAGAGGGCGGAAAGGAGUUUGCGGGCCCUGCUGGCCGAACUCUUUCGAAGUGCUUCAACGACGAUCCUGUGAUUCGUUUCAUUGUGCAUACUCUGCCUGAACCCCGGCGUCUGGCCUAUCUCCCCAAACUCUUCGAUACAUUUGCACAUGCUGGCGCAAUCAAUGGUGCAACGUUCUACUCUGCCAACUCGUGGCAGUCUGCUGUGAUCCUGAUGCCUCCGGGGUCCUCCCUUGACGGACCGCUUACAGUCAUCAGAGCCGGUUUUCUAAGUGUUCUUUGGCAUGCAGGACUCGAUGGUGCGAAGCGUAUGCUUUGGGAAUAUACGCCUAUCCUGGACGCAGUGAAAGCGAGAGCUCUGGGCAAGGAGGAUUAUUUCUAUGUCUUUUUUGUGGGGACUCUGGAGGAGCAUCGAGGGAAAGGUCUGGCGGCAGCACAGAUGAGGAGAGUACAGACCGUGGCUCGCGAGGCCGGAAAGCCUGUUUGGCUAGAGGCUACGACAAAGAAGAGCUGCAUGUUAUAUAGGAAGCUUGGCUGGCAGGUGACAGAGGAGGUGAUCCUGGGCAAGAACGUGGUCGACACGCAAGGCUUUCAGAAAGAUGGAGGAGAGGGUGUAAAGAUCUGGGGGAUGUUGUGGAAGCCUAAAAAGUGAGCAGCACACAUGUCUCUGUUCGUCUGGGUUGCCCUUUGGCAUCUAUGUAUGUGGAUGAAUUUCCUUAGCUCGUCGUCCUCAGUUCUCUAAGUCCUCCCUUUACGGGCACUGUUCCUCACAUGUGCUUGGCGUCCCUAAACACAACUACUCACACUAGAGCUCGGGAACAUUUUAGGAACAACGUGAACGAAC